CCAGCGGACACACCCGCCCAUCUCUAACUCCGCCCUGCGGCCCCGGCCUGCAGCUCAUCCCAGGGCCAGGCUCCCGUCUCCUGCCAGCGGACACACCCGGCCCAGCCCAGCCCCGGACUGGCUGCAGCUGUCCAGUCUCCCACUCCUCACGAUCAGCCGCGGCGGGCGGCUCGCAGGGCAGUGCCUGUGGGCGAGGGGAUAGUGAUCAGCGCAUCACCCUCCAUCACCCUCUAGUUGCUGCCCGUGUUCCCUGGUUGGUGUCUGAGGGAUGUUGCAUCUGUACUUGGAUCUUGCAGCGCAGUGCCCAUGAUGAGGGAAUGCUUAUUGCUGACACCCAGGAAGGUCGCUAGUUACUGUCUGGUGUGUGGUUAGUGUGUGGGGUGUUGGUUAGCGUGUGAUUAGUGUGUGUGGGGUGUUGGUUAGCGUGUGAUUAGUGUGUGUGGUUUGUGUGUGGGCCGUUAGUUAGUGUGUGGGGUGUAGAUAUUGUCUGGGCGUUAGUUUGUGUCUGGAGCAUUAAUAUCUGGGGUGUAGUUAGUGUCUGUGGUGUGGUUAGUGUGUGGGGCGUGUAGUUAGUGUGUGGGGUGUGUGGUUAAUGUGUGGGGUGUAGUUCGUGUCUGGGGCGUUAGUUAGUGUGUGGGGUGUGGUUAGUGUCUGGGACGUUAGUUUGUGUCUGGAACAUUAAUAUUUGGGGUGUAGUUAGUGUGUGGGGUGUUGUUAAUGUGUGGGAUGUGGUAUGGAGAUGCUCGCUGACACCCACAUGGUGUGUUAGUCACCGUGCAAGUGCCUCUAUUGUGUGGGUCGGUUGCAGCGCCCAGAGUGUAUCAGGUGGGCUGGGUUGCCAGCUGCUGCAGCUCCCUCCCUCCCGUCACUACCAUGUACACGUUCGUGCUCCGGGAUCGGAACAGCUCGGUCUACGCCGAAGUGGGCAAGAUGCUCAUCUCCACGGGGCAAUGGCGGAGACUCAGGAGGGACAAUCCCAGGUUCAACCUGAUGCUGGGGGAGAGGAACAAGCUGCCUUUCGGGACCCUGGGUCAUGAACCAGGGGUCGCGCAGCUUGUGAACUAUUACCGGGGUGCUGACAAACUCUGCCGCAAAGCAUCACUAGUCAAGCUCAUCAAGUCGAUCCCGGAGCUGGAAUCAUGCAACUGGUUCCCUGAAUCCUAUGUUAUCUACCCCACGGGGCUACAAGUCACGGCCAUCCCCUUGCAGAAUGGAUUAACAGUGCAAAGAAAUAAUGUGCGGACGGACGACCGGGAAGUGUUCCUGGCAUCGUACCACAAGAGGCAAGGGAAUGCAGAGCGGAACGUGUGGGUAGCCAAAUCUUCAGCCGGUGCCAAAGGUGCUGGGAUUUUUAUUUCUUCUGACGCCAAUGAAUUGUUGGACUAUAUCGAUUCUCAAGGUCAAGUUCACGUGAUUCAAAAAUACCUCGAGAGACCACUACUGUUAGAACCAGGACACCGAAAAUUUGACAUCAGAAGCUGGGUGCUUCUUGAUCACCAAUAUAACAUAUACCUCUACAAGGAAGGAGUGUUGCGAACUUCCUCUGAUCCAUAUAAUAGCACGGAUUUUCAGGAUAUAACUAGUCACCUGACAAAUCACUGUAUUCAGAAGGAAUUCUCCAAGAAUUAUGGAAAAUAUGAAGAAGGGAAUGAAAUGUUCUUUGAAGAAUUCAACCAGUACCUGAUGAACACCCACAAUGUCAGCUUGGAAAACAGUAUUUUGCCCCAAAUCAAGCAAAUCAUAAGGAGCUGUCUAAUGAGCAUCGAAUGUGCAAUUGGCACAAAGCUUCUCCCAUACCACAGCUUUCAACUGUUUGGAUUUGACUUCAUGGUUGAUGAAGAUCUCAAAGUCUGGCUGAUUGAAGUGAAUGGAGCCCCAGCAUGUGCCCAGAAACUCUACGCCGAACUUUGUCAAGGAAUCGUGGACGUAGCCAUUUCCUGCGUCUUUCCAUUGAGUGAAAUGACACAGAAGCCAAGCGCACAGUCUGUCUUCAUCAAGUUAGGAAGUUAACAGAAUGUUGUCCUAGUCGCCUUUCAUUUCACACUCCAAUAUAUGUAGCGGUAUCAAGGCUGCAUUGCCAAUCAUGUAGCGAGAUUCUAUCCAGCCUGGUGCAGGCAUGGUGGAAGAGCAAUUAUGAAACUAAGACAUUUUUAUCUAUGGUUAAUGACUUGUAUAAACCAACACCUUAUUAUGGCUUUAAGACUUUUGUUGGACAAAUUCCAAUCAAGUCCCUGUCAAUGGAAGUUGCUGUACCUGGUACAUGAUGCUUCAAACGCUGUGAGAAUGUUACAAGCUCUUGCGCUCUUUACUUUAGAUGAUUAGCAGGCGUUGCACAGUAGGUUAUCUUGACAUAAUCUGCUUCUGGGUUACAUGAUUAGAAUGACUGUCCUGGACCUGUUGGUUCCCUUGAAGUGCUAUAACGGUACUCCAGCAUCAAGGCUGCAGAUUUAGCCGAGUGUCUGCGUCCCUCAUAACGUGCCGAAUUCUUCCGUGAUCAUUGUUAAAGUGAUUGUCGGAAAUGGAAAUCACUGUGACCACGAAUGGCCUAAAGCAACUCCUGAAUGCACAUCACCCCAUGUGCGUGGUACUGUUUCUGCCCUGUGUGAAUGCUUGAGAGCCAUGCACUGCUGCCUUUCAAAUGAUCUACACUGGUGCUUUUUGAAACGCAGCUCACGUUGAAGGCGAGGAGUUCUGCUUGCAUUGUUUUUGGUUUUUUUUUAACUCUCUUCGCAAAUACUUGAUCCUUUGAGAGGAGUUGGGAUAGAAGAAUCUCAAACGUACCUCAGGGGUGAUGGGGAGAAGGCAGGAGGAUGGGGUUAGGAGGGAGAGAUUGAUCAGCCAUGAUUGAAUGGCGGAGUAGACUUGAUGGGCCAAAUGGCCUAAUUCUGCUCCUAUCACAUGACCUAUCAUGAGUGGAAUUCUAAGUCAACUUUAGGAAGGGAAAGGAAAUGUUUUGUUGUUGUCUUUGUUUCCAGGUUAUUGUCGUUGUUCUUUGCGUUUGGAGCUCUGCAGGAUGAAAUGCACUACUACAAACUCCAAAUCAUUCCACCUCUGCCUUCUGAAAGCCGAUACAAAGCUGAUGAACAGUAGUCAAUAGAAUAUAAGCUGGUAGCAUGCACUAAAUGCAUUUGUCCUGAUUAUAUGCAUUCAUAACUGCCACUCUGUUUUAGAGUAAUUGAUAUUUUUGUGAGAUAUUUUAUGAACUUUUUUUCAUGUAUGUAGUUUUCUAGUUUAUUUACCUGCCAUUUUGAUUACCUGUUGAGUAAGACACACAGUACUGGAGUAACGCAACGGGUCAGGCAGCAUCUUAUACCACCACCUGUUGAUCCAGGUGAUCACUAUCAUUUCAUUGUGUCAUGCCAAUUGCUCCACUCUGUUUAUAGGUCAACUCUUUUGUUUCUUCAGUAUUUAUAGUUCCACUUCCUAUCUGAGAAUAAGAUUCUGUUCAAUGGUGCAGAUGGAGGCAUGUUCCUGUCUAAAGUGUUAACCACGUGAGCGGAAGUACUGAAUGGGCUGAUCAUCAUGCGAUUGCUAUUAUAGAGGGUGCAGUUCAAUUCGAGUUUCUCCCCUAUCAUUUCUCUACAGUACAAUGGGCAUCCACUGUUGCAUACAGUGGACAGAUUAUUAUAAUGACAUGUUGCUAUAAGUGCAUGUUUCUUGGUAUCUAACUUAAAACACAAUCAUGAGGAAUAAACAGAAUUGCCAACCA